AUGUCGGCAUCGUCAGUGGUCACCUGCGAAGUGUGCAGCCGAUGCAGGCAGCUGCACAGCUGCUGCACAUGUGAGCAUCCGGUGCUCACGCAGGUCUUGAUGCCAGCAGCAACGCACCGGUGUCUGACGCUCCUGCGGAUGGAUGGCCUAUGUGCAGCACUCGAGUGGACGGAUCCGACGGAGGACCAUCUCCUGCACAGGCGACGCCAGGAGCAGUGCAGCUGGAGGCGGUGGUGUGGAGAGCGAGAGCAAAAAAAAAAGCCUCCUCCUGCCGCCAACCACCAGCAGCUGGACACUGUCGAUGCUGGCGUGUUUUCGUUCGGCUAG